GCAGGAGCGGCAGCUGCAGCGGGAGGGGCUGGCAGAAAUCCGCCGCCCUUGCACUUCCAUCUUCCCGUCCCUGGCCCGGUUCUUUCUCCUCCGCCCGCCCGCUCGGCCCGGCCCGGCCCGGCCCGGCUCCUGGCCUGAAGAGCAGGCGGCUCAGGAGGCAGCAGUGCCGGCUUCUCCCUUCCGCAUUUCCCUGGGUCUCUCUCGGGCAGUGACGUGACGUGCUGACGGCGGCCCGGCCCGGGGAGCUUGGCCGCUUCCACUCAGCUCCGAGCUCGGCCCCUCCCUCCCCUCCGCUCCCGCCCGCCCCGCCGCUGCGGCUCUACCACCGAGAUCGGCCCAGCUACGCGCAGAAAGGCCGCGCAGAGGCCGCCGCCGCCGCCCCGCCCGACAUUUCUGACUGAUGAGAGUUAAAGGCCAUGGAUGAAGAUGGGCUUGAGCUACAGCCACAUGACCCACAUGCGUUUUUUGAUCCUACAGGAACUGAUGGAACGCAUUUGAAUGGAAAUGAGAUUGUUGUUGAAAUACAGGAAACAGUCUAUGUCUCAGAUGUGGAGGAUUCUGACAUAACAGUUCAUAACUUUGUCCCAGAGGAUCCUGAUUCUGUAGUAAUCCAGGAUGUAAUUGAGGACGUUGUUAUAGAAGAUGUUGAGUGUCCAGAUAUCAUGGAAGAUACUGAUGUAUCUCAAACUGUUAUUAUGCCUGAACCAGUGCUGGACACUGAUGUCACUGAGGAAGUGUCUUUAGCACACUGCACUGUUCCAGAAGAUGUUUUAUCCUCUGAGAUCACAGCUUCAGCAAUGUCGAUACCUGAGCAUGUGCUCACAAGUGCGUCAAUGCACGUACCUGAUGUUGGACAAUUGGAACAUGUUGUUCAUGAUCAUAGUAAUGUUGUAGAAGCAGAAAUUGCCACAGGUUCUCUGGGAGAAGAUGUAGUUUCUGAAGUUUUGGUAGCAGAUUGUGCCUCUGAAGCUGUAAUUGAUGCCAGUGGAAUACCUGUGGAACAUGAUAAUGACAAGGGCAACUGUGAAGACUACCUUAUGAUUUCCUUGGAUGAUGCUGUCAAGGCAGAAACUGAUGAUUCUGUUGACCUUACAAGAAAAACUCUGUCAGAAAAUGAUCCUUGUAAAAUGGAUGGCAUUUGCCCAGAAGUCAUCAAGGUGUAUAUUUUCAAAGCUGAUCCAGGGGAAGAUGACUUAGGAGGCACAGUAGAUAUUGUGGAAAGUGAAUCUGAAAAUGACAAUGGAGACACAUUAAUGAAUCAAAAUAGCAGUGUUCGCAUUCCAAGAGAAAAAAUGGUUUAUAUGACAGUAAAUGAUUCCCAGCAUGAAGAUGAGGAUUUAAAUGUUGCAGAAAUUGCUGAUGAGGUAUAUAUGGAGGUAAUUGUAGGAGAGGAAGAUGCAGCAGCUGUUCACGAACAGCAAAUUGAUGAGAAUGAUAUUAAAAGCUUUAUGCCGAUAGCUUGGGCAGCAGCUUAUGGUAAUAACACAGAUGCAGUUGAAAACCGAAAUGGAACGGCUAGUGCUCUCUUGCACAUAGAUGAGUCUUCUGGUCUUGGAAGGCUAGCAAAACAAAAACCAAAGAAAAGGAGGAGGUUGGAAUCCAGACAAUAUCAAACAGCAAUAAUAAUUGGACCCGAUGGCCAUCCUUUGACAGUCUACCCCUGUAUGAUUUGUGGGAAGAAGUUUAAAUCUAGAGGCUUCUUGAAAAGGCACAUGAAAAACCACCCUGAGCACCUUCUUGCUAAGAAAAAAUAUCGAUGUACUGAUUGUGAUUACACUACAAAUAAAAAGUUAAGUUUGCAUAACCAUCUAGAGAGCCACAAGCUUACUACCAAGACCGAGAAGCUAAUUGAAUGUGACGAAUGUGGGAAAAGUUUCUCUCAUGCAGGGGCUUUGUUUACACACAAGAUGGUGCACAGGGACAAGGCAGCAAACAAAAUGCACAAGUGCAAAUUCUGCGAGUAUGAGACAGCAGAGCAGGGAUUACUGAAUCGUCACCUUCUAGCUGUGCACAGCAAGAACUUUCCACACAUUUGCGUGGAAUGUGGCAAAGGAUUUCGGCAUCCGUCAGAGCUCAAGAAACACAUGCGAAUCCACACCGGUGAAAAGCCCUACCAGUGCCAAUAUUGUGAGUAUAGAUCGGCUGACUCUUCCAACCUGAAAACUCACGUAAAGACUAGACACAGUAAGGAAAUGCCCUUCAAAUGUGACAUUUGUUUUCAGAUAUUUUCAGAUACCAAAGAGCUGCAACAGCACCUCAUUAUGCAUCAAGAAAGCAAAACACAUCAGUGUCUGCACUGUGACCACAAAAGUUCAAACUCGAGUGAUUUAAAGCGACACAUAAUUUCCGUUCACACAAAGGAUUACCCCCAUAAGUGUGACAUGUGUGACAAAGGCUUUCACAGGCCCUCAGAACUGAAAAAACAUGUUGCAGUGCACAAAGGCAAAAAAUUGCACCAGUGUAGACAUUGUGACUUUAAGAUUGCAGAUCCGUUUGUUCUAAGUCGCCAUAUUCUCUCAGUUCACACAAAGGAUCUUCCGUUCAGGUGCAAGAGAUGUAAGAAGGGCUUCAAGCUGCAAAUGGAACUCAAAAAGCACAUGAAAACACACAGUGGUAGAAAAGUUUAUCAGUGUGAGUACUGUGAGUAUAGCACUACAGAUGCCUCAGGUUUCAAACGGCAUGUUAUUUCCAUUCAUACAAAAGACUACCCUCACCGUUGUGAGUUCUGCAAGAAAGGCUUCAGAAGGCCUUCAGAGAAGAACCAACACAUUAUGCGACAUCAUAAAGACAUUGGGCUGCCUUGAGGACUCCUUAUUCUGUGGAUUUGAGAAGGGUGUGUGUAAAAGAUUCGCUUUCUAGGCAGUCAUUGUAUUAUAAAGCAGAUCACACAAACAAACUAGCGUGCAUUUGAUUUAGUGCUGUAUACAGAUAGGAUUAUUGCUUCUAGUUGACUUUUAUACAUUUUGUUCAUUAGUGUGUUCUGAAUUCUCUUCCGUUUAAUAAAUGAGGAAGGAUAGCAACAAUAAAGUUGCAUUUAAUAAAGUAAACCCUGUCUCAAACUGAAUUUUUCAACCACAUUAGUUCUCUGAAAUAUUUACCUUAAUGACAUGGUUCAUAUUCAGUGACCAUAUUAACAGUUUUGUCAUGAGUUAAAGAUAUAUUUUUAAUUUGCUCUUAAUAAAGCAGUCAUAAAGAGAUUGUAUAAAAUAAACUGGAGGAAAUUAAUGUCAGAAGAUAACAUUGUACCAUAGGACCCACUUAUUGUUUCAUCUGAUAUUUAAAGAAUUUGUGACACAAUCUUCAUUUGAGUAGUUACUCAUUACUAUUCUCCAUUAUUUGGAGUUCUUUUUACAUAAUGUUUAAUUCUUCCAUGAUAAGUAAUAGUUGGUUGCUGGGAGCAUUUAUUUUCAGGAAGUGUGAAUUUAAAACUUCAGGUAUUUGUUCAUACAUAUUAACUAUCUGCUUCUCUGCCUUUUGGUUCUGUAUUACAAAUGCAUUUGUGUUUUGAAACUUAUUGCUGAUUCAUAGUGCAUAUGGAUACAUUUGUUUCAGUUGUUGGCAGGAUCAAUUGACUGUUGUUAAGGUUACCCCAAAUUAAAAAUCAUUUUUGUUGCAAGA